CAAAAGCUUGCUUUUGUUCAAGAUAACAAUGGUCGUUCCUUUGACAUUGUGUGGACAGCGAGAUCCCCUCUCCUCUGUUCAGUCAUGUCCGUCGCGGAAUCGUCCCCACUGGGCCUCAUCCUUGAACCCACCAUUGUAUUUACAAUCUUGGGUGCCGGAGUCUACUUUAACCGAAUUCAUUCCCCAGUCUACCCACCCAAAGAUCCUCAUCCCCCUCUCCCAUACCGUGAACGCACCUUUUUCGGAUGCAAGGUAUCAACACGGGAUACCAGCGUCUGGCGAACAACAACUCUAUCCCGCCUCCUCUUUCGAUACCCUUUUAUUAUCGAAGUAUGUUAUUGGGUCCUUACGUACUUGGUUUACCAAGGAGCGAGAGGGGUAACGGCAUUGACGUUUACGGAAUCCACGACGGAUCUCGCACGAGAAAAUGGCAUGUGGAUUCUUGAAGUUGAGAAUAUACUCGGAAUAGACACGGAAAGAGAAUUUCAACGCUUUUUUUUGGAUCGACCGUUUUGGAUGGGGGUUUUGAACCGUGUGUAUAGUUUUGUUCAUAUCCCUGCCACUGUUGGAUUUUUCGGCUACAUGUACUACCAAACCUCUUCUGCAACUUUUACUCGAAUCCGUCGUACCAUGGCCUUAUGCAACCUCUAUGCGUUCAUCGUCUUUACGACAUGGCCCGCCAUGCCUCCGAGACUCUUACCCAAAGAAUACGGGUUUAUUGACACAGUCCACUCUACACGCAUCGCAAGCGUGUGGACCACCAACGCCUUUUGCAACCAACUCGCCGCCAUGCCUUCCCUCCAUUUCGGAUACGCAUUCAUAGUCGGUACAUCCAUACUCGUACAUGCACAUUGGAAACCCCUUCGUAUCCUUGGAGCCCUCUACGCACCCCUCAUCCUCGUCGCGAUCGUCGCUACAGCCAAUCACUACUUUCUGGACGCCAUUGCAGGCUUUUUUGUGGCUAUCCUCGCGUAUUUUACUAAUAAUGUCCUAUUGAAUUUAUUGGUGAUUGAGGAUCUUGUUUUGUGGGUUUUACGAAUUGAGAAACCGCCUACCAAGGAACAAGUCCAGUUUAUGACUCGGGGAACUGAUUAUGAGAGUGAGGAGUCUAUGAAAGUUUGGUAUGAGAGAGUUUAA